CUUCAUUUCAGCUUCCAUUUAAUUCACCGUCUCCUCUCCUCUCUCUGUUUUAUAUACAUCAAAUUAUUCUUCUCUGGACUCUGUCUUCUUCUCAGACAAUUCUCCCAUGGAUGUUCCUCAUCGAUCCAUGCAAAGCUCUUCAGAGAAUAAACGAGUAGGGGUCUACACGUACAUGGCUCAGUGGCCUGUUUAUGCGCUAGCUUGGUCAGUUCGCCAUGAGAAGACACGCCGGCUAGCCAUUGGGAGUUUUCUCGAAGACUAUAGCAACAAAGUUGAACUCGUCCAAUUCAAUCUCGACACUUGUGAUUUCUCCACCGAUAACCGCCUCAUCUUCGAUCACCCUUAUGCACCCACAAAUCUAAUGUUCUUCCCAUCUGAAGAUGAUUCAAAUCCCGACAUUGUGGCCACCUCCGGCGACUUCUUACGUCUAUGGCAAAUCUACGACGACAGGAUAGAGCUCAAGUCCCUUUUCAACGGUAACAAGAGUAGCGAGUUCAAUUCUGCUAUAACUUCUUUUGAUUGGGCUGAUUUUGACGUUCGUCGAGUGGCGACAUCUAGUGUAGACACCACUUGUACAAUAUGGGAUAUAGAGAAAGAGACUGUAGACUCUCAAUUAGUUGCCCAUGAUAAAGAAGUGUAUGAUAUUUCUUGGGGAGGAUUCAACGUUUUUGCUUCUGUUUCUGGCGAUGGCUCAGUUAGAGUCUUCGACCUAAGAGACAAAGAGAGAUCAACUAUAAUUUAUGAGAAUCCUAUUCAAGAUUGUCCUUUGUUAAGAUUAGAGUGGAAUAAAUUUGACCCAAGGUUCGUAGCCACAGUUGGUAUGGAUAGCAAUAAGGUGGUAGUUUUAGACAUUCGCUUUCCAACUACUCCUUUGAUGGUGCUAUGUAAACAUAAGGCAAGUGUGAAUGCUAUAUCUUGGGCUUCGGUUGCUGGACGGCAGAUAUGCUCGGUCGGAGAUGAUUCAAGAGCUUUGAUAUGGGAAGUGGUGGAAUCAGUGUUCCGGUCAGAAAACGGUGAUGGUGGUGAUAUGGAACCUGUUAUGUGGUAUGGAUCAAUGGCUGAAAUCAACAAUGUACAUUGGUCGCCUGUUCAUUUGGAUUGGAUUGCUGUAGCUUCUUUGAAUAAACUGCAACUCUUGAAGGUUUAGAAAAUUGCACACCUUCUCAUGUAUGACUUGUGAUUAAGCUUGAAAUGCAGCUAGCUUGAGACUAGUUGUUCGUUUGAAACAUGUCCUAACAUCAAUUUAAUGAAUAAAAAGUUGAGUGGCUCUUGCCCAAACCAUGGAAGAA